AUGGAGGCGGCAUCAGCGAGAGCGGCGGCCCGCGACCGGUGGGCGGACUUUGGCCGACCCACGCCGUCGCAGCUCCAGCACUUUAUCCAGUCCGCCUGCAGUCCCGAAAACUACGAGCCCAACCUCGCCGUGUGCCUCGAGAUCGCCGACCUCAUCAACUCCAAGAAGGGGACCGCGCCGCGCGAGGCCGCCAACACGAUUGUCAGCUACAUCAACCACCGCAACGCCAACGUGGCCCUCCUCGCGCUGCACCUGCUCGACAUCUGCGUCAAGAACUGCGGUUACCCCUUCCACCUACAGAUCAGCACCAAGGAGUUCCUCAACGAGCUGGUCCGGAGGUUCCCCGAGCGCCCGCCCAUACGGGCCUCGAGGGUCCAGCAAAAGAUACUCGAGGCCAUUGAGGAGUGGCGGGGCACGAUAUGCGAGACGAGCAAGUACAAGGACGACUUCGGCUUCAUUCGGGACAUGCACCGAUUGCUCAGCUACAAAGGCUACACCUUCCCCGAGGUGCGCCGCGAAGAUGCUGCCGUCUUGAAUCCUAGCGAUAAUCUUAAAUCGGCCGAGGAGAUGGAGGAAGAGGAGCGCGAGGCGCAAUCCGCCAAGCUCCAAGAACUCAUCCGACGGGGUACUCCGCAAGACCUACAAGAAGCCAACCGGCUGAUGAAGGUCAUGGCCGGGUUCGACACCCGAUCCAAGACCGACUAUCGCGCAAAGGCGGCCGAGGAGGUAGCCAAGAUCCAGGCCAAGGCCCGCUUGCUCGAGGAAAGGUUAGAGGCCUUCAAGCCUGGCGAUACCAUGAAGGAGGGCGACGUGUUUGAAGAGCUCGCCUCAUCCCUAUCGAGCGCCCAGCCCAAGAUCCAAAAGAUGUGCGAAGAAGAAUCGGAAGACCACGAAGCCGUCGCCAAGCUUUUGGAGAUCAACGAUAGCAUACACCGGACCGUGGAGCGGUAUAGGAUGAUGAAGAAGGGCGAUAUCGAGGGUGCGGCCAAGAUUGCGAGCGGCGCCCCGAUACCGACCGCCAGCAGCUCCUCCCGCAAGUCGGCCGCCCAAGAGCUCUCGCUCAUCGAUUUUGACGCAGACACUUCAGGCUCGGCCCCUUCAAGCAGUUCCGCAGCGCCACCUGUCGCCUCGACUCCAGGUGGUCUCGAUGAUGACCUCCUCGGCCUUAACAUUGGUGAACCUGUACCAUCUAGCUUGGGCCAGACGGGAAGCAUUGCGUUGGGUUUCGGCGCCAACACCAACAUUCCGGGACCUGCCUUGCUCUCUUCGGUGACGCAAAACAACAGCGCCAGGGGACCGUCGACACCCUUUGCCUCCUUCACCUCGCCUCCUGCCUCGAAUUCUGCUACGCCUCAACCGGCAUACUCGGCCUUCAACCCUCCCCAAUCUGCGCCUGCAUCCGACCCAUUUGCGGGUCUCAUGGGUGUCUCCUCGCCUUCUGCAUCAACGACUCCCGCUCCUGCCGCCCCCGCUGCCGUCCCCGCUGCCGCGCCAGCGGCGAAUGACGAUGACGACUGGGCGUUUUCCUCUGCGUUGCCUCCCGAGCCAAAGGAGCAUACUGCGAUCGUCAGCAACAAGAUGAUCAAGAUUGAGAUGAAGGCAUUGAGGGAUGGUAACUCCAUCCGGAGCUCAUUCUUAUUUUCUAACAACACCCCCGAGCAAGUUACGGAGCUACACUUCCAGCUCGCCGCGCCCAAGUCCUUUGAGCUCCAGCUCCAACCUCAGUCUGGAAGGGCGUUGCAGCCCAAUCAACAAGGUGGGUUAAGGCAGGAUGUUGCCGUAUGGUAUGCUGGGGCCCGGGAUCGUAAGGUCGAGGCUGUGAAGCUACGAUGGCGUGUCGCCUACAAAUCCAACGGCGUUCCCAAGCAGGAUAUGGGAGAGAUACCAGAGUUUACGCUUUCGUAG